AAGUUUGGGGAUUAUCAGCAUCUUCAGUUCUGAAUCCUUAACCAAGGUAGGUGAGGGGUUUCAUUUUCUUAAUCUCAAUUAUUUUACCUAUUUUCUAGUAAGUUUUGCAGUUAGCAGAAAGGGAAAAGAGGGUUUCUGAAAACACUAGUAAACGUUGUAUAGCCAUUGAAAAUAUGCAGUGACUGGCGGAAAAGAAUGAUGUGGCCCUGCAAGCUGUGUGGAUUCUAGCUAGAUGUUUGGUGGAAAAGUAAAAAGAUGCAAGCAAUGGGCAAAUGGACGGUCGCAAAGAUCGUCUGUGUUGCUUUAUCGAGACAAAGAGGACUUGGAAAUGGGCAAAGAGAGAGCCAACUAGUUUUGUGGUGGAAAGUAGAUUCUGCUUCCAUGGAACUGAACAGAGGAGAACUAGCUUGUAACUGCGCCACUUGCCAGUAUUAUAUUCUGAAGUAGUAGCCAUGGAUGAAGCACCAGUCAGGGAUUGGGUUGAGGGAAAUUAAUCUGGCAGCCAGAAUAAUUAACUCUUUUUGAAGCCUGUGUUAGCCUAACUGUAGCUUUUGUAGGAGCAUUGGUCGAGUAGAUAUUUGCAAAAGUACAUAAUCAUGUAUUCCUAUGAAGUAAUUGUUAGAAAUUACAAAAUCAAUGCUACAAAAGAACUAUAAAGCAUACAACUUUCUUACCAUUCACGCUCGAGUGGCUGCUUUAACUCGAAAAAUUUUUCUUUCCUGAAACAUAAAAACAGAUGAAGAAUCAGGCAAAUAAACAUUGUGAUACGAUAAAAUAAAAUCAUGUUCAGACUUACUUAGUUUGGUUUGACCUAGAAAACAUGCUUCUAGCAACUUCAAAAAACAGUCAGUUUGUGUUCAUCUUAUGAAGAGUGUUUUGUUGGCUGGGUAAAUAGACCUGGACAAAAACAGGGUCAGUUUUUUGAAGAGGGUUUUUGUUAGUAGGGGUAUGAGGCUACGAGCUACUUUCUGCUGGAAUUCUGUACUCUUU